CCCACCCUUACAAAACGGUCAUUGUACACACGCGCCACGCCACCCCACAGAGCCCAUCCAUCCUAGACACACAAGCAGUCGGCCCAUCUCACCAAAACAACAUUCCCAGCGCCCACACAACACGGCCCUGCAACGGCCGAGACGACAGUCGCGCUGUCGGGCACCCUCUCGCACGCCUCUCGACGAAACUCUUGCAAGAUUUCCGCCGUGCGCCGUGCGAAGCCGAUCCCGCAGGAUGACCGCCGUCUCCAUUCGCAUAUUCGCCAUCAGUAUCACGCCCCGUCCCCGUCUGCUUCCCCGGUCUGUCUCAUGAGGUCAUCCAGCGCAGCUAUCUGCUCCUCUAUGCUGCGUCUCGGCGGUGGUGAUGGGCUCUGCAGCCGCUGGUCGAUUUUGCGCAUCAACGCCGCCUUCCUCUCCUUCUCUCGCCGCUGGACAGACGACUGAACCAAAACACAGACACACACACGUGUAUGAUGCCAUGACAAGAUUGAUCAAGAGGUGCACGGUCACCUUUCGUUCGGAGAAGAGCAGCGGUUUGGUCUUCUCCAGCUGCCUCAGCUUGCGGUCGAUGCGCCUCUCGCGCAUAAGGAUGUCCUGCCCCCUCGCCACCUCCAUCUCCCGCACGAAGGUGUGGGUGUUCAGCCACGACAGGUGCUCCAGACCAGCCGCACCCACCGUGCGGUAGAGAACCUCCUUGUCGUCAGACACCACUAUGCACUGCACACGCAGGGACGUGCCAUGAGCAGGCGGACGGCAUUCUUUGUGUGGUGACUGACUGACUGACUGACUGACAGGGGGCUGCUUACGUCUCGUUCUGGGUUGUCGGUGGCGAGCUGACCUGUCUGUCGAAUGAUGUACUCGUCGGCCUGUGCGCAUGCAGGAAGGUAGGAGAGGUGGUGUGAUGUGACAGCGUGUGCACGUGGGUGGGCUGGGUGGCUAGCUUACCUCUCCGGCUGCGAAAAUCUCCUCCAGGUGGCGACUCCAGCGCGUGAUUCUCGGCUCCUCAUCGAGGCCAUGCGCAUCCCACACCAGCUGCACACACACACGCGCACACAGACAGAUACAGACACACCAACAACUCUUUCCUUGGUGGCCCACCCACCCAUCCAGAUCCACUCACUUUGACGAUGUGUCCUCUCCUGACGCCAUAUGUGCCGGCAAACAUCCGCAGCACCUCCCUGGCCUUGCUGAGCUCCCCCCGCUGCAUCAGCCCCUCAGUCGCAUCCCAAUUGUUGACCACGUUGUACCCGUCCACAAACACCACCGGAAUCCCCUCACCGUUGAGCCACAGCUCGCCGCUCUCUCCCGCCCGCCUCGCUCGCCUCCUCUCCACGUCCUCGACAAGGGCAUCCUUCGAGGGCUUCUUGCCGAACCGCUUCGGUGUCGCCACUCUCGGCCUGUCGGCUGCCACGGCCGCCUUGGCCAGCUCCUUCUUGAGCUUUGCGAAGCGGAUCUGCUUCCGCACGGACACAUUGAUGUUGGGGUCCACUCGGGGAGCGACUGCCGUCGUUGUCUGCUUGUUGCCGCCCUUCGACGCUGAAAGACGGCUGCGUGGCGAGGAGGGCGAGGCGAUGGGUGCCGAGGGGGGAGGGGCGAAUAGAUGGACUGGCGAGAGGAAGGAUGAGGGGCAGCAGGUGGUGUCCGUGUGUGCGGGGAGGUGGGGGAAGGGCACCGGUGGUGGGAUGGGUGGCCACUCACUCCACCCGUCGGUGUAUGCGGGCUCAUCAGCUAUGGGAGGAAGCACCGAAAGCGAGGAGAGGGGACGAGUGGACGGCCGCAAUGGGCCCGCUGACGGCAUGAUGAAGGCUGAGGAGCCGUGGCCUGACGCAGACCACAUGCAGCCGACCACACAGCGCCAGAGCCUCCUUCUCCUUCUCGGUGCUAGCGGUGGUGUCGCAGUCAUGAGGCUUGGACCACUGGCUGCCGUCGCUGGAUCCUGCUGCAUCUGCAUUGCAGAGAUCUUCGCACGAGUCGAGCUAGUCCAGUGCCGGCUGUUGCCUGGCGUCGGCUUCGGUUGUUUGCGGGAAAAUGUCACAACACAAGGGCACCACUGAAGAGCCUUGUGACGCCUUUGCUUUCUUCUCCU